UCAGGCAGAGAGACGGGGACCGGCCCGGGCAUUACGUGUGUGGCUGUGACGCACGCGGUCAGGUGUUGCCUCAUAUAGCGCGCGAGGGAGCUGUCCCGGUGCUGAAACCGGAGCCUACAGGCACGCGCUGAAGACACGCACACGGGGGAGAUGCUCUUUUCGCUUCCAUCCAUUUUCUGAGCUCCUACCUCGCGAAAAGGCGGCAUGACGCGUUCAUUAAGCAAGCUCUCGGGGCUUGUGCUGGUGGCUCUGCUGCACUGUGUGGCUGUGCAUGGCGCCUCCAUCACCCGUCACCACCGGCUGCGAGGCAGCAGCGGCAACCAAGACGCGUAUCUGAGCCCCAACUCGGACAUGAUCAAAGCCUUGGAGUACAUCGAGAGCCUGAAACGGCGCACCGACGACUCCGAGGGUCCCACCGGAGACUAUGAUGAAGUGGAUAAAUUCCGGCUCCUGGUGCAGCUCGCUUCUCUUCGGGACGAGGACGCGCCGGUGCGCGAGGACGCUGCCGCUGCCAGCUGGCCUGAUAACAAAGCCCCGGAGUGGGUCCGAGCUCUGCUCAGGGUGCUGGAGCAAAGCGCAGACGGCGCGCUGACGCCCGGAAACGAGCGCCGCUUUCACAAGAGCAGACGGCCGGCGACUGAAGCCGAAAGUCCCGCGCCCGAGAACGGCGCCGUGGUGAGGCCUCACAAGAAAUACCCACUCAUGUUCGAAGACGAGGAAAACGUCCGGGACAAGAAGCGCGCCACGGAGGACCUGGACGAGCAGUACACCCCGCAGAGUCUCGCCAACAUGCGCUCCAUAUUCGAGGAGCUCGGGAAGCUGUCCAACCCGCACAACCUGAAGCGGGACGACGCAGAGGCGGAGGACGAGGAAGAGGGUGAGGAUGAUGAAGAUGACGAGGACGUGUACAGGCCCCGAAACGUGGCGUAUGAAGACGUGACCGGAGGGGAGGAGUGGGUGCCGUUAGAGGAGCAGGUCGAGACCGAGGAGAUGGUUAAGGGCAGUCAUGAAGAGUUUGAUCGGGGAGUAGAGGACAGCGACGAGGCGCGCGAGGUGAUGGAGAGACGAUCUGCGCUUGACGCCACAGAUCGCGCAGAUGACGACACAAAACUUGUGGACUACGUCUUGCUGAAGGUGCUGGAAAUGAGCGAUCAGGCGCAGAAGCGCGACCUGACAGACGCGCAGAGCGGCAGGAGGAGACUGCUGAACAUGCCCUCUCUGCUCGACCCGCGGGCCAUCAAACAGCUGCUGUCAGCCGUGUCCAUGAAGCUCCAGAUCCCGCCUGAAGAUCUGGUCGGCAUGCUGUUUAUGGAGGAAACUCGGAAGCAGCAGCGUCUCCCUGAACCUCAGCUGGCGAGAAAAGCCAGCGCGCCCCGCUACCGGAGCCGCGUCAUCAAGUACUACAACGGACGCCAACCGGAAGUCACAGUCAGCGACAUUCCCGCUGACGUCAAGACUGAAGAUAUCCUAAAGGUCCUGGGGCUGGGAAACAUGGCCAACAAGAACGCCAAGUAUUUCGUCAAACCGAGACCGUAUAAGACGGCCAUGGCACGGUAUCUGGCGCCGAGCGGGCGGCGCGGCGGCGUGUCGGUGCCGGAGCUCAGCAGAGCGCCCAGCAAGCGGAAGGAUGAUUACGACGACGCGGUGGAUGAAGACGAAGUGGCCACCUUCCUGGCCGCCAAACUUUUAACCGAGUACCCCGAUCCCAGCUCAUCAGAUCGCAGAAGAGCCGUGGACUCCUCGAACGCACUGUUUCCCUACGAAAUUUACGAGGAAGCCAUGAAAGAUUACUUCGACCAGGUAGACUCGGGGAAGGGCGCGCCUGCGAAAAGAGACACGCAGGGCAAGGACGAGGCGGAAGUGCAGCAGAAAACCCCGACCGAGGUCGCGAUCCCGGAGCAGGCUGACCAGCAGAUCCCCGAGUCAGUAACCGAGGGAGAGAAAGAGCAUCAUACUAAACUGGUGGCUGGAAUGUAGUGGCUGAGAAUAAACCACAAGGGAACAGCAUUCCUCUGUCCACAUCCCUCUCCUUACAGAUGCCUCGAUUUCCUCAAGAUUAACCAACGUUAAGUGCUUUAGGAUGAAAUUCUAUAUUAUGUACAUAAUAUACCGCAUACAAACGUGCAAGAGUAAACGACAUUUUGUCUGUUUUUUUUCUUUUUUUUUGGGUUUUUUUUGUUUGGGUUUUUAGUGUCUCCAGUGUAUUUUUGCCACGUGCGUUAGUAUGAUGUGCCCUUGCUUCUGUUGAGCACUAUGGAGCUUGGUAUGGUCCUAUCCUAUGAGCUGUAUCAUUAUUAGACAAAGGUGGAUGUGAACCUCGUUUCUCAGUCAUUUUGUACCUGUUCUGAAGUGUGAAAUGACUCAAAGAUUAAUAAAGCAUUACUGUAUUAUUUUUC